UUCGCCGAUAUGGCUGCCAAUGUCAAAGCACAGGUCAUGCGUGCUUUUCGAGAUUGGCCAUUUGUACCUCCUGCUAACCCGGGAGUUGGCCGCCCGCAACCCAUUACACCAAGCAUUAAUUGGCGGCCUAUACCAUCAGAAAACACCGUUAUGGCUACGGGUGCUGAAGGGGUGGUGCAUCUCUGGUGCGAUGUCGAUACCACCACCCAGAGAAUUCUCGAUCGGGUCGUUGUCAAACACGUAGUCUCAGGCCAGGCCAGAUACCAGGACCCGGACAACUGGGUUAACAAUCAAGUGGGAGGGGAGCCUCUGGAGUGUCGUCAAGCCAACCUGGUCUGGGCAGCCAUUCCUAAUCCCGCCGUUCAACAGCAUAUUCAAUCAUGCUUGGGUUGGGGAGAUGUGGUUGCGCCCGAUGUGGUCCCACAAACCUACCAAUACAAGCUUUAUCACGAGUACUGUUCGCAGAGCAGUAUGAAUAGGGUCAUGAAGAACCAACCAAGAAAGAAAAGGCCAUGUGCCAAGCGGAAAAGUCGCAAACAGUUGCCAGAACCCUUUCUUUGGUAUAUGUUCGAGUCUUUGGCAAAGGCUUGUGUGGCUAUGGACACAACCUACAACCCAAGAGGCCUGGUUCAUCAAGAUAUGCAUCCGGGAAAUAUCUUUUUUAGUGACCCUGAUCCGAACAGAUUUGCGACGUACCCAGUACUCAAGGUCGCCGACUUUGGCAGCUCCCGUGAAAUCACUCCUCAAGUGAGAAACCGCGGCCCAAUAGUCCAGAGUGAUCCUGUCUGUUUGACGUAUGCAGCGCCGGAGAACUCAUGGAACACACCGAUUCCUAUGCACGGGCCGUUUCCCUGGGAAGCUCCAACAAUGAUCAUCACCAGAAAAACAAACAUAUACCAAGUCGGACUUAUCAUGGCUUCUGCGAUGAGGCUCAUGCAGCCCCUGCCUGAGAACAACUGGAGGCAGCCUCCACGCGGAUAUCGAAUACCUCCAGCAAACCAACUGCACCAUGAUCCGGGUCCGGCGGUAGGUGUGUCGGAACUGUCGCGAGACCAACUGAACCCAGGUCCGAAGAAAUAUAGCUAUGCACUUACCGAUCUGGUCUGGAUGUGUCUCAGGCAUAACAGCGUCCACCGUCCUCGUGCACAUCAGUUACUGCAGCGUAUUCAA